CCAAGCGGUAGCUUCAAAUAAGGACAUGCACUUUAGUUGAAACUACUACCUUAUAUAUCCUCUCUAUACACCUAACAUCUUCGCUGACCCUUUCAUCAUACACUUUAUCUCUCUGAUCAUUCUCAUCUCCCACAUAACCCUACUAGCACUUCUACUACUGUCCCUCAUCACAUGUUUCUCUCCGCCUAUCCCACAGGAAGACUACCAUAAGCCACCUUAUAGACUAUCCUAUCCCACAUCUCCAAGUCCGCACAACAUCUCCAGCACAACACCUAUUGCAGAAAAAGUGGAAAGAGGAAAAUAAAAUAUACAAUAAGCAUGGCCACAUCCAUAAUAACGCCGUCCCUGCUCUCCUCGAUACGCACACAUCCCCGCCUGCCCCCCAACACGUGGUAUUACAUUGCCGGCGUGACGCUCUCGACGAUCAACCGGCCCGACGAAAUUCCCAAAGUGCUUCGAUACGCGCUGGAAAAGGACGCGAAUCUUGAUGUGAACUUGAGUAACUCUCAACAUGCGCCACACCAGGGGUCAUCCAAGGCGUCAGAAGCAGAGCAGCAAACGACGCAAAUCCAGGCUCUACAGAUUGCGCGCAGGAUGCGAGAAGCAUUGAUUAAAUCUGCGCCGAUAUGCGGACUGCCAAAGGCAAUCAACGCUCUCCUCUCCCUCAAAAGCGCCACCCCGCCCUCCCUGCUCGACGACCCCAUGGGCUACUCCCCGACCAUGCGGCCCGUCGAGCUAUACGACAUGCCGAGCUCGCAGAUCCUGCACCGCGGCCAGGGUUUCUUCGACCGAGUCUACGGCAAGAUUUCCAAGCGGGUCAUGGGCCAGAUGGACCGCUCGGGGACCGAGGAUCUCGGCGUCACGGCGCGGCUCAUGUACGGGUACAUUCUCAGCAACACGAACGUGCUGAGCGCCGAAGAGAGCAGUUAUGUGCUUAUUGCGGGGCUGAUUCCGCAGGAUGUAAACCCGCAACUCAAAGGCCAUCUAAAAGGCGCAGUGAACAACGGCGCGACGGUCGAGAGUGUGUGCGCGGUGCGCGACAUUGUGAUACAGAUAUGCGAAGCGUCGGGCAUGAAGACGAUAGGGGAGAACGCCGUGGGGGGAUGGGGCUGGAGGGGCGAGGUCGCGAAUUUAUGAUCUAGCGUUCUGCGUGGUUUAAUUCUUCUGCAUAGCGGCCUCCCCCCGCCCCUCCUUUUUUGUUUUUUUUAAACACUGAAAUACAUAUGUAUAUGUUGUUGCGGCAGGAGUAC